GGAGAGAAAGAGAGGAAAAAAAAUCAUUGUGCUGUGGUGGAAAAUUGAUAAAAGAGGAUUGUACAUGGUUAUGGCGCUGAAAGCGGUUUCGAUGGAUUCGUAAAGAGUCAUUGCCGUCAAACAGGAGUACGAUGCACAGCGAAUGAAGUUCUCGAAAGAAUGCAAGUAUGCGCACUCCUGCUGAAACGGAAAUGCUCUCCCAGCCAGAGUCGUACAAGUUCGAACCUCAAGAAACCGGCACCUCGUCCGAUGUCAACCAGGUGGUUUUAACAACUUCCCAGCCGGAAACACACAUUUUUACGAACAGUAUGCUCUGUAUUCAAGAGGAGUUGGAGCAGUUGGGGGGUAUUGCAGGGGGACCGAUAAUCAGCGUGCCCCCUGGAUCUCAACUACCUGACAAUAGUCACACCCACUCGGAGAGCAAUAAUUCGAGUGACACUGCCACAAAAUGUAAUGCGGGGUCAGGGACCUUGGAUGCUCAAAGUUCCAGUCUUCUCGGCAAAGUAUUGGGAUGUAUUAUGCCCGUAUGGACUUCGGUGCUAGCAAAAACUGCCGGCGGUGAUAAAAUAAAAGGACAAACUGACGAUUGGGAAAUCCCUUUCGAGUCAAUCAGCGAACUCCAGUGGUUGGGUUCCGGAGCUCAAGGUGCCGUUUUUAGUGGAAAAUUAAAUAAGGAAGUCGUAGCUGUUAAGAAAGUGAGAGAGCCACGCGAGACUGAUAUUAAACAUUUGCGGAAGCUCAAUCAUCCAAAUGUUGUACAAUUUAAAGGUGUAUGCACACAAGCGCCUUGUUAUUGCAUAAUAAUGGAAUUCUGCCCAUACGGCCCUCUGUACGAUAUAUUACGAGCUGGCGAACCCGUUCCACCUCCGAGAUUAGUCUCAUGGUCAAAGCAAAUAGCGGCCGGAAUGGCUUAUCUUCACAAUCACAAAAUAAUUCAUCGCGAUCUAAAGAGUCCUAAUGUUCUAAUUGGUCGCGGUGAAGUUGUAAAGAUCAGCGACUUUGGCACGAGUCGUGAAUGGAAUGAAAUCAGCACGCGAAUGAGUUUCGCCGGCACUGUUGCAUGGAUGGCACCGGAAAUCAUCAGAAAUGAACCGUGCUCAGAGAAAGUUGACAUUUGGUCCUACGGCGUUGUCCUGUGGGAAUUAUUAAGCGGCGAAAUCCCCUACAAAGAUGUUGACUCGUCGGCAAUAAUUUGGGGCGUGGGAAAUAAUUCUCUUCAUUUACCAAUUCCCUCGAGUUGUCCCGAGGGCUAUCGAUUGCUCGUCAAGCAAUGCUGGUCGGCAAAACCCCGCAAUAGACCAUCGUUCAAGCAUAUUGAGAUUCAUUUACAAAUUGCCGCCGAGGAUGUACUGUCAACUGAGCCCGAGGAAUAUUUUAAAACCCAACAAUCGUGGAAGGAGGAAAUUCGUGUUCAUUUAAAGCAAAUGCAAACAAACACAUCGACAACGCCUCGUUUUGAAGCUGAUCUCAUUCGUCGACGUGAAGAUGAAUUGAGACACGCGCAGGACAUUCGCGAGCAUUACGAGCGAAAAUUGGAGCGUACAAAUAAUCUCUAUCUUGAAUUAAGUGCCGUUUUAUUGCAACUCGAGCAACGUGAACGCGACGUUAUUAAACGAGAACAACAAUCGGGACAUAAAUCAGGUAAAAAGCGACUAGUUCAUCCACUUUUAAAGGCACAGGAGCGUUUACAUCGAAGACGAAAUCCAUUUUUACACGUCUCCUCAUCGUCGACACCAACAACACCACCGUCGCCUACCGAUUCACCCCAAAGUCCCGUGAAAGCAACACUUUGUACUCAACUAAAUAAUUCAAAUCAACCGGAAACUGUUUUGGUGCCUGGCAAUAGUUUUAAGAAGAAAUAUCGUCAUCGACGCGUUGGCUCUGGUUGUGGAAUAAGUUCGAGUCCAAAAUCAAGUCCCAAUCGAGAGAGAAAGAGUAAUGAAGUGUCAUUGAGAUUAGUUGAUAAUGAAACGCAAACUGAUAUUUUGGACUUGAAACCAAAGGAGGAAUUUAAUUUGAGUUUGGUGAAUAAGAAAAUUGAUGCUGAUAAUUUGAAUCGUGUUAGAGGGGAGAAUUUAGAAUCUCAUAAUGGCAAUAAUGUUUUAACGAAUAAUUAUCAUGUGGAAUCUAGUCCAUGCUCGAGUCCCGAGCCAACGAGCGAGAAUCGUUUAAAUGGCAAUGAACAACUUCGUGAGUGCAGUGAUGAUGAUCAUCUCGAAACACUCGGCAGGAAAGUCAGCGAAAUUCUAAAUGCCAAUCGACAUGUUUCGCCUGUUGAUAAUGGAAAUUGUAACGAUAUUGGCCCACACAGCAGGAUAAAAGAAGAAAUGUUGAGACUACCGGGACAUUUUUGUGGAAUUAUAAUAAAUGGCUCGGAUAUGGAAAAGUCCGAUAAUCUACUUAAAUCGAGUGCGGACAACGUUGACGCCCUUGGUAAUCAAGACGGUGAUUUUAGAGAAGAGGAGAGCUGGUCAGAUGAAGAGGGAGAGGAUCCAAGUUAUACCUACAAUUAUUCCCUUAGAAGGAGAAGCAUCGCGAGGAGGCCAAUUGGACCUGGCUGUAGAUUAAGAAGAUUCAAGCAUUCCUCGAAAAUUGUGAAAGGAGUUUUGGUGUCGGAUGAAGAAAAUACUUCGGAAUACUCUCAUCCUCCGUCCAGUCAAUCUUCCACCCUCGAGAGCAAUCCAGAAGUACAAAGAGCAUUUCGCAAUAUUCAUUCACACAAGAGGAAGCAAAUCGACGACGCGACAGAUUCAUCGAGUCAAUCCGAAACAGAUGAAGUAAGCGAGAUUACUAUUGCGUCUCAAAGAGCAAACGCAAAUUUAAAAUUAGAAAGUAGAGUUUAAUUUAUUACUAUUAAUUAUUAUUAUAACUAUUAUUAUUAGUAUAUAGAAAAUAAGAAAACUUCUCUUACGUCUCGUUUCGAUUCUCCCAGUUGUAAAGACAAAGCAAAUUUUCAAUAAAUUUUGGAUCAAUUUUAAAAAUUUUCAACUGGAGAAUUUCUUUCGGGACGUAAAGUGAUAAGCUCGUAUUAUAUAAAGAUAAAUGUGAGAUUGUCAAGUGUUGUGAAUAUAGUGCAAAAAAGAAUUUAAUUCUAAAAAUGUGCAUUCAAGGCAAGCGAAAUAAGUUAAAAGAAGGUCAGACAAAUACUUAUAUAUGUCGUUUAAUGAUUCUUUGCUCGAAAGACUUUACUUGAAAUUCAUACUCAUUCCAUAGCAAUUAUUUUUAUCGAAAUAGAAAAUCAUGACAAAUUUAGCGAUAGGAAAUUUUCUCAUUUCUUUAUUGAUAUUUGCACUUGAUAAAAAAAAAGAGAGAGCGCCUUGAGUUUCUUUUUUACUUAAAAAUUUGUAUAUAAUGAGAUGUCUCUUUGUACAAUUUUUUUUAAAAACUAGACGUAACGAUAUGUAAAAAAAAAGAAGGAAAAGAUUUGUUAUAAUUUUAUAUAGUUAUUUUAGCAAGUUCGCUAGCCAAAUAUUACGUUUUUUGUAGUAUAUUCCAGUAUCCACAAUGUGGAUGAUAAAAACGUAUUAGCGUAACUUGUAAUACAAAUAUUGGCAAGAAAAGUAAUUACGAAAAAGGAGAGGGAAGAAAUGAAUUUUCCCUCUUUUUUUUCCACCUGGAAAUUCUACCAUUAAAGCCCAAAACGAGUACAAGAUUUUUUUUUCAAGAAAAGAAUUACGUUUUUCCGAAUAAAAGAAAAAGUCAAUUUAGAAAAUAUGUAAAAUUUAUAAUUAUUGAUUAAUGAUUAAUAAUUAAUAAUUAAUAAUUAAUAAUUAAUGACAAACGUAAAGAAGAGAAAAAAAACGAUGAAAGUUAAAAAAUUUUGACCACGUGGAAAAAAAGAGAAAUUUAUAUUUUCAAAAAUAUAUUCUAAUUGUUGUUUCAUAGAGUUUUUAUUUCAGAGUAAUUUUUCUAAAACUCGCUACCCAUAUAAUUUUUUGGUAUACGCGAGAUAAAAUUGACAAAAAAAAAAUGAAUUUUGAGGAUUUCUACAUAAAAUUGAGAUAAACAAAAAUGAUCUUGUUAAAGGAAAAAAAAAGUAUUUAUUAUAGUCAAGUAGAGAAAAAAAACAGUAGCUUUGUAUAGAAUUUUUCAAGUAUAUUACACAAAGUA